AGGCAGAGGAUCGGUGUCCAAUCACAAGCGCCUAACUUAAAAGUGGGCGUGGUUAAGUCGCUUAAUGUUGACACACUGUGCAGGAUAUCAAGCACAGAGAUUCAGUUUCGUUUCUUCACUCCACCUGUGAGACUUCACUUUUGGUUCUAGCUUGGACUUUAACAUUUUUCUGAGACGUUUCGCAGGGUUGGUGUAAAUCAUGGAAAAGGCUACAAUCAAAUUUGGAGGACUGAAUCAAGCAGCAGAAGCAAACGAGGUGCCAUCAUCUAGAUUCAGUUUUGGAUCUGUUUUUAAUCAAGCAAAAGAAGCAACCGAGACGCCAUCGACUCUCCCCAGUGUUCGACCUGUUUUUAAUCAAGCAAAAGAAGCAACCGAGACGCCAUCGACUCUCCCCAGUGUUCGACCUGUUUUUAAUCAAGCAAAAGAAGCAACCGAGACGCCAUCGACUCUCCCCAGUGUUCGACCUUUAGCAAGUAAGAAGGACAACAAGCAGAACAAAGGGCUCUUCACAAACACAUGCAUAGCUUUACAGCUACUUGACACUCCAUGGAGAUCAGUGAACUGGACCUCAGAAUCCAGGGAGGAACUGAUGGAGAAGGUCGAGUCAUACACACCGGCCAGGGGGGCCGCUUCCGAGGCCAGAGUCCUGCUUCUGGGUCCUGUUGCUGCAGGAAAAUCCAGUUUCAUUAGCUCUGUGCAGUCAGUUUUUUCUGGACGUGUCCUUAACCGGGCUAUGGUGGGCUCAUCUGCUUCUGCAAGCUUCACAAAAAGGCUCCAGUCAUUCCCCAUCAGACGGAGUGGAGAGAAAUCAGACUCUGGUCCCACUGCUCUGGUCCUGUGUGAUAUUAUGGGGCUUGGAGAUGGAGACUUGACGGGACUGAGCCUGUAUGAUGCGCUGUGUGUGAUUAAAGGACAUGUGAUAGAGGGACAUCAGUUCAGUGCAGAAGAUCCGGUCAGAUCUGAUUCCAUGGGUUUCAUAAAGAAACCGAACCUCAAAGACAAGAUUCACUGUGUGGUGUUUGUGGUGGAUGCAACAAAAAUCAACACCUACACCAAAGGACUGAGCACCACAUUCCAGCAGCUCAGACAAAACAUCAGCAGCCUGGGUGUGCACCAGGUGGCACUGCUGACUCACAUAGAUGAAGUGUGCACAAUCACAUCUCAAGACGUCAGCCAGGUGUACAGGAGCCGCCAGGUUCAGCAGCUGAUAGGGAAGGCUGGAGCACUUCUUGGAAUGGCAACUUCCUACAUCGUACCUGUGAGAAACUACUCCUCCCAGCUGGAGCUCAAUGACAACAUGGAUAUCUUACUGCUCAAUGCUGUUGACCACAUCCUUCAGUACACUGAUCUGUACUUCCAGGACAAUGUUGUGGAUUAUAAAGCUACCAACUAGAAAUGCAAUAAUACACUGCACUUUUCUAAUUCUCAGUUAUCUUUUCUUUUUUUCAGAGCAGCUAAUGCUAUCUAGUUAAUUAAUAGCUAAUGUUAGAUUUGAGGAAUGUUAGGAAUGAGUGUGUGUGUGUGUGUUUGUGAGACAGUGUGUGUGAGACAGUAGUAAAAGUGCCAACCAAGGUGUAUCCGUGCCUCAUACAGUGCUUACAGGAUGAACCCCAGCUGGAAACCUGGAAAUUGAGAAACAUAGACUGACAGAAACACAAACCAACAAAUAAUUGAAUGUAAUUUUUCAAAAUUAUGUUGAACUGCUUUUAUUUAUAUAACUGUUUAACCUUGUCAUAGUGAUCUGGACUGAUUCUAGGAUUUACAUUGUAAUUCAUUUUUCAAUUGUUAUUUUUAGCUGAAACUGGAAAAGUUGUAACAAUAUGCUUUAAAACUGGGAUAUCUAAUUACAGCACCAACUAAGAAUCUAGUAGAAUUGCUAUGCACAAUAUUUUAUUUUUUUCUAAAAUGUUACAUGUCUUUUUAGAGUGGAGAAGUCUGAAUUAAAGUUUUCUGUCUUUCUUUAAAACUCUAGAACUUUAUAUAAUACAAAAUAAA